AUGGCUACCCCCAUCCGCAAGAAACGCAACUUCAAAGCCCUCCAGCUCGAUGUCGCGCAACCCCCUCCGGAGCCCCAGCCCCAGCCCCAGCCCGUCCCCACGCGCCUGGCACCCGCAGCGGGGGGCAAGAAGCGCCCUCCUCCCAUGGCCCUCAAAUCUUCCACCAAGAACGACUCCUCCACCGCCCACGGCGCCGACGACAAUGGCCUACUCUCCGUCACGAACGGCCCCACAUCGGCCCCCGCAUCGGCCCAACGCACGACUUAUCACACCACCCUCUCCAACACGCUCGCCAACCUCGACAUGAACGCGGAAACAAAGUACGAUCUGCGCGAUGAGGACCUGAAGGAUCUGAAGGAGCUCGGCCAGGGCAACGGCGGCAGCGUGAAGAAGGUUGAGCACGUCCCCACACAUACCAUCAUGGCGAAGAAGAUUGUGCUCAUCGACGCUAAGCCGUCUGUGCGGAAGCAAAUCCUGCGCGAGCUGCAGAUCAUGCACGACUGUCACUCCGAGUACAUCAUCUCCUUCUACGGCGCGUUCCUCUCCGACCCCAACAUCUGCAUCUGCAUGGAGUUCAUGGACAAGGGUUCGCUUGACGGCAUAUACAAACAAAUUGGCGCCAUCGACGUCGAGGUGGUCGCCAAGGUCGCUCUCGCCGUGCUCGAGGGCCUCACGUACCUGUACGAUGUGCACCGUAUCAUCCAUCGUGAUAUCAAGCCGUCGAAUAUACUGUUCAACUCGAAAGGUCAGAUCAAGAUCUGUGACUUUGGUGUGUCUGGCGAGCUCAUCAACUCGAUCGCGGACACAUUCGUGGGGACAUCGACGUACAUGAGUCCGGAGCGGAUACAGGGCGCGCAGUACACCGUCAAGUCGGACGUGUGGUCGCUCGGGAUCUCACUGAUCGAGCUCGCGCUCGGGCGAUUCCCGUUCUCCGACUCGUCCUCGGAUGACGAUUCUGACCUGUCCGACUUUGAAGGCACGCUCUCACCCUCACGGCCCAUGUCGCUCGGGCUGCCCCCGCCGCGCGGCAAGUCCAAGCCGAUGCGCAAGGGGCUCGACAGCAAAGAGGCAAAGCGGAACAAGCGGAAGAGCAAGGGCGUGAGCUUGCAGGGCGGCGGGAUGACGAUGAGCAUCCUCGAGCUGCUGCAGCACAUCGUCAAUGAGCCGGCGCCGAAGCUGACCCCCGAGGGCCGCUUCCCGAAGGUGGCGGAGGCGUUCGUCGACGGGUGUCUGUUGAAGGACCCGGACAUGCGGCAGACGCCGAAGGAUCUGCUGCAACAUGAGUGGAUAGUGAGCGCCAAGAUGUCGACAUUCGACCUCGAAGCGUGGGCGAGCACGUUUUGA